AUGAUGCCACUAACACCUGCGGAAAAACAGAAACUCUACCGAGAAAGGUUGAAAGAAACAAAUACAGAAAAGUUAUUAACACAGAAUAGAAAAAACGCUGAGAGAAGAAAACGAAAUAGAAAGAAAAUAGCAGAAUAUGAGAGAAAGAAGAAAGGCAAAGAAGAAUCGAAACCUGAAGAAGUGCUUUUAGUAGAAAAUGCGCAGAUUUUAAAACAGCAGAGGGAUCAAUAUAGAAGAGGGAUUUAUAAACUGAAGACUGAAAACACAAAAUUCUGA